AAACACAUUAUCCGGGAAAAGGUCUUACUCCAUCAAGGGCAGCAUUUAACUAUAGAUUGAGCAGGGGCCGCCGAAUGAUAGAAAAUACAUUUGGAAUCACCAGCAGUCGCUGGAGAAUAUUACGACAACCGAUUCUUGCUGGGACUAAAACAGUGGAAAAUAUCGUCAAAGCCAUUGUGUGUCUGCACAAUUUUGUAAGCAGGAAUGAAAGGAACUCCACUGCUUUUCAAAAAUAUUAUGUGCCAGCUAACUUUGCCGACACUGAAGAGGACGGUAAUGUAAUACCAGAAAAGUGGAGGAAAGAGUGUGUUACUGGCGCUUGGGAUGCUGUUGGUGGUAUAUCUACCAACAGCUAUGCAAAUAAAGUCCGUGAUAUCCGCGAGGGAUUUGAAGACUUUUUCACGAAAAAUAAGUUGUCUUGGCAAGACAGUGUCAUAUCUAGGGGGCAAUUUAAUGAAUGCCUGAUAACCUGAUUAUUUAAAUGUAUUUUAUCCGAUUUUAAUAAUUUUUUAUAUGUGUGUAUGUAUAUAAUCCUCAUUGCUUCCUUUAAAUAUGUUAUGUUUUAAUAUUAAUAACUCUAUAUGUAUAUAUUUUUUCAUUAUAUUAUCUGCAUUUUAUGUUAAUAUUAUUUUGCAAGAUGUAUAUAUAAACUUAGUAUGUGAAUAUUAUAAUCUCUAUUGCAUUAUUAAACUGGUAUUUUUUAAUAUGCAUUGUAUAUAUAUUUUUACAUCUUAUCUUGAUUUUUUGUUUAUUUUGUCAAUUAUAUUAUAUAUUUUAAACAGAUUUUUUUAUUAUUCAACUUAACAUUUACUUG